UUUCAGUUGUAAAAUGAGGUCGUUUAAGCUGUUGCUGCUCUUGGCUUUCCUUGAGAGUUGUAUGGGAAAGCGUCAUUGGACUUACGAAAUUAUAGAUGCAUCAGGAUACAGCGAUGAUGAGACAAAACUUAGCUUGAAUUGGCGUGUUGAGCGUGUGGGGCGCCACAUUACUGGCAUAACGGGUUUCGUGAACUUUAAUUACGAUGUGGACAAUACAACUAUGAUCGAGGUGACAAUCGUACGUAGUGUCAGCGGCAGCGAAAGGGAUUUCAAGCCCUUGCCCUUCGGUGUACCACAAAAAAAGUUUGCCGAAGUAAAGGUCAUGUAUGAUGAUUUACUGUAUCCAAUUAUGCAAAAUUGCUCUAAUUUGCCUCAAAUCGAGGGAGAUUUAUUAUGGCCAUGGCCAAGAAAUAUUUACAUAUUCGACAUGUGUAACUUCGACAACGGAAAUCUACCUGAAAUAUUAGCUGAUGGGUUCUAUAGGGCGGUGUUUACUUUUACUGGGGAGGUCAACUGGAAUACCUCAUAUACUGUUAACUUAAAAACACAACUUAUAUAAGUUAUUUUCGCCCAAAGUGGAAAACAAAUUUGAAGUUUUAUGAUAAAUAAAAUGCACAUGGCAAAACCGGAAACGCAAUGAUUCCAGAUUAUGCGAAUCUGAUAUUUAGGGAGCAUAAAAUAAGUUACUUAGUCUAUAAG